AUGGCCGUGAGGACAGGUGACCACAGUCAGGCUGCAACGAAUGGGCUGAAGGAGAAGGUGCUGACGCUGGACACCAUGAACCCGUGUGUCCGGAAGGUGGAGUACGCGGUACGAGGCCCAAUCGUGCUGCGCGCGCUGGAGCUGGAGCAGGAGCUGCGCAAGGGCGUAAAGAAGCCCUUCACUGAGGUCAUCCGAGCCAACAUCGGGGACGCACAGGCCAUGGGGCAGAUGCCUAUCACCUUCCUGCGCCAGGUCCUGGCGCUCUGCGUCCACCCUGAUCUCCUGAACAGCCCUGACUUCCCCGACGACGCCAAGAGGAGAGCGGAGCGCAUCCUCCAGGCAUGUGGGGGCCACAGCCUGGGGGCCUACAGCAUCAGCUCUGGCACCCAGCUGAUCCGCGAGGACGUGGCGCGGUACAUUGAGCGGCGCGAUGGAGGCAUUCCCGCCGACCCCGAUAACAUCUUCCUGUCCACGGGGGCCAGCGACGCCAUCGUGACGUUGCUGAAGUUGCUGGUGUGCGGCGAGGGUCGCACGCGCACGGGCGUGCUCAUCCCCAUCCCUCAGUAUCCACUCUACUCUGCCGCGCUGGCCGAGCUCAACGCGGUGCAGGUGGACUACUACUUGGACGAGGAGCGCACCUGGGCGCUCGACGUGGCCGAGCUGCGGCGCGCGCUGCUCCAGGCGCGUGACCACUGCCGCCCCCGCGCGCUCUGCAUCAUCAACCCCGGCAACCCCACCGGUCAGGUGCAGACCCGCGAGUGCAUUGAGGCCGUGAUCCGCUUCGCCUUUGAGGAGGGGCUCUUCCUGUUGGCCGAUGAGGUGUACCAGGACAACGUGUACGCCGAGGGCUCGCAGUUCCAUUCGUUCAAGAAGGUGCUCACGGAGAUGGGGCCGCCAUAUGCGGCGCGGCAGGAGCUCGCCUCCUUCCACUCGGUGAUUCUUAGCCAUGUAAUUCCUGUUCAUCAGUGCGGCUUCCGCGGCGGCUACGUGGAGGUGGUGAACAUGGACGCAGCGGUGCAGCAGCAGAUGCAGAAGCUGCGGAGCGUGCGCCUGUGCCCGCCCACGCCGGGCCAGGUCCUGCUAGACGUGGCGGUCAGCCCGCCCGCGCCCUCCGACCCCUCCUUCGCGCAGUUCCAGGCGGAGAGGCAGGCGGUGCUGGCCGAGCUGGCGGCCAAGGCCAAGCUCACGGAGCAGGUCUUCAACGAGGCUCCCGGCAUCCGCUGCAACCCGGUGCAGGGAGCCAUGUACUCCUUCCCGCGCGUGCAGCUGCCCCCGCGCGCGGUGCAGCGCGCUCAGGAGCUGGGCCUGGCUCCCGACAUGUUCUUUUGCCUGCGCCUCCUGGAGGAGACCGGCAUCUGCGUGGUGCCUGGCAGUGGCUUUGGGCAGCGGGAAGGCACCUACCACUUCCGGAUGACCAUUCUACCCCCCAUGGAGAAGCUGCGGCCCUUGCUGCAAACGCUGAGCCAGUUCCACACCAAGUUCACCCGCGAGUACUCCUGA